AUGAUCAUUGCUCUGGUCAACGGAGGUGCUCACAUUGAUUUUCGAGCUCGUGAUUCGCACACUGCGCUGCAUCGAGCUGCCAUCUGCGGCAACUACGAGGCCAUUCAGAUUUGUGCCAACGGUGAAUCAACGGACUCUGACUUACAAACUGUUUGCAUGCAUCCAACCUCUGCUCACACCAACAGCCGACUUUUGAGGGUCGGUGCCAUCGGCAUUGCUACCCACUCCUUACCGCCUGGGUAG